AUGGCGGAGACGGUGCCCUCGGUGGAGGCGUACGAGGCCGCCCUGGUGCUGAGCGGGGUGGGGGACGCCCUGGGGUACCGGGGGUCCCGCUGGGAGUACUGCACCUCGGGGCCCCAGAUCCACGCCGAGCUGGCCCAGCUGGGGGGGCUCGGAGCCAUCGUCCUCGAGCCCCCCGAGUGGCCCGUCAGCGACGACACCGUCCUGCACCUCGCCACGGCCGAGGGGCUGGCCACCGGCCUGGAGGGGGAGCCCCUCCUGCAGGAGCUGGCUCGCCGCUACGUGGCCGCCAUGGGGGACAUGGAGGGGCGCAAGCCGGGGCCCACCAGCAUCCUGGGCACCUCGCAGCUGCGGCCUGGGGAGCCCCAGGGGUAUCGCAUCCCCUUCAACCCCACCGGCACCGGCUGCGGGGCCGCCAUGCGCAGCCUGGCCAUCGGCCUCAGGUACCCCCACGCCCGGGAGCUGCCGACGCUGAUCCGGGUGAGCGUGGAGAGCGGGCGCAUGACCCACCACCACCCCACCGGGUACCUGGGGGCGCUGGCCGUGGCCCUUUUUGGGGCGCUGGGGGCGCGGGGGGAGCCCCCCGAGAAGUGGGGGGCCGAGCUGCUGCGGGUGCUGCCCCAGGCGUGGGACUACGUGGAGAGCACCGGGGUGGCCGUCGGGGACAACGCCGCCGCCUGGCCCUUCUUCGGGGACGCCUGGCGCCGGUACCUGGAGUCCCGGGGGCUUCUGGAGGGCUCGGGCCCCCCGCGGCUGCCGGCGCUGCCGUCCCCGGCCGAGCGGGACGCCGAGUACCUGGGCUGGGCGCUGGGGGGGUGGCCGGGGCGCAGCGGCCACGACGCCCCCAUGGUGGCCCUGGAGGCGCUGCUGGCGGCCGGCGGGUGCUGGGCCACCCUGUGUCACCGCGGGGUGCUGCACGGGGGGGACAACGACUCCACCGGCACCAUCGCCGCCGGCUGCUGGGGGCUGCUGGGGGGGCUGGCGGCGGUGCCCCCCGGGCUGCACCGCGGCCUCGAGUACCGCGGGCGCCUGAGCGCCGCCGCCCGGCGCCUCCACGAGUUGGCCUGGGGGGGGGCCUGA